AUAUCCAAGAACGCAAUCUGCUUCUCCAACUCCGACCGCUACGAACGUCCCCACAAAAGGGUGGCCAACGCGGGGUUGUGGGUUGGGUUGCAUUUGUUGGGUGUCAACGACGAGAAUCCGAUAAAAAACGCGUUUUAACUCGAGACGCGAGCGUGCUGUUAUGGUGCAUAAGUGCCAUCCUCGGUGGUGAUCGCGUCGCUCUCUCUCUCUCUGUAUAGUGCUUGCGUGUCAACCGUGGCGACGGAGUAUGAUAAAUGUGCUGGAUGCUAAAUUUAGUGUAUUUCCUUCGGUGAUCCUCGGGUCAGAAGCCCGUAGUUUAUCUUAUUGCACGAGUGCCUUAAUCCGUGAUUUUACGUGAAACAACAGUCCCCAAAGAGGUUCUCUAAACAAUUUAGUGUUAUUAAAUCGAAUCUCGAGACCAUCUCGUUGCGUAACUGAAAAGUGUGUUCGAAGAUGUAAACAAUUAUGAGUGAAAAUCCAGAAAGCAGCACAACGCUAAUCGUGAUGUUCAAACAAAGUGUUAUUCCUCAUAGCCCGAGGAAGGUCUGAGCUACUGUUGGUGUUGAGUGACAAAGCGUGACAAGAAAAUAUUCCAGCAGUUGCCACGGCCAGUGCAUAGUGCCGUGGAGGAGAACCAGAAGAGGAGCAGUGCAAAUUAGAGAAUUACAUUAGCACCAUGAUGGGUAGAACAGCGACUGUGAUAUUAGUGUUUACGAGCAUCGUCAUUCUAUCAGUGUUUCGACAAGCCUCGUUUGUGACAGCCGAGGAAGAUGAACUAUAUCCCGAGGAUCAUGCUGAUAGCAUCGCUCAUGAUGCACCAGAAAUCGAUACGUCGGGGGAACAAGUAGUGUUAGAAUUCGGAGUCUCCUGGAAUGUGACGUGCAAAUCCAGUUCGCCGAUUAUGUGGAUACCGUAUGAAACAUCAUAUCACUGGGUACCACCCGAUGUCACUACCAUUGACUUCCGUACCGAAGAUCCCGAUAAGCCGUAUGGUACGAUGCUCAUGAUUAAGAGCGCUUCAGCCGCUGUAGUUGGACGGUACUAUUGCGUGAAUCGAUCGAUGUACGACGAAGAUAAUGAGGAUGAGCUGGACGAGUUGGUAGUCGCUGAUCAUGCCUCCACGUUGUACGUGUACGUGGAUGAUAAGGAACAACCGCUGGUGCCCGUUAACGUACCUGCCUUCAGAGUCAAUCAGUACGACGCAUUUGUGAUUCCUUGUAAACCGUCCCAUCCGGCUACAGAAGUGGAACUGCAUAAAGAUAUGGACGGAGAAUUGGUUGAAGAAUACCUUUUCAGUUCUACCCAAGGAUACAAACUACACUUUAACAGGCUAGAGGACGGUGGUUCGUACUACUGUCGGCAGAGAGGUAACAACGCGCAUUUGAUCGAAUUCGGGAUCACGGUCAACGAACACUAUGAUUCUGAAGAAGCCGCUGCCGAAUAUCUGCCAAAACCCACCAUCGAGAGUGAUACUUCAGAUCAUGUACCGUUGGGAAAACCCAUUAGACUAGUAUGCACCGUGGAUAUUCGAGCAGGAGUAUUACUUUCUAUGGAAUGGAAAGUCCCACCGAACAAUCAAAAUGCCGCAAUGAAUUCAAGAAUCAAACUAGGGCAUCUGAUACUGAAACAGCACCCUGAACGACCGCAUCGGGAAAUCGCCACGCAGAUGCUUACGAUCGACGCGGCUACGCUCGAGGACAAAGGAACAUACCGUUGCGAGGUAUCCAAUGAUAAGGGCCACACAAAUUACCAUAACUUCAAGCUACACGUCCGAGAAACGAGUGAUGACUACGUGAUGCUGACCGAGGAGAACCGAUUAACGGCGAUCAAUGCUAAACGGCCCACUGAGGGUAUAGCAAAACCGAUCGAAAUCGUCAUACACUAUCGAUCGUACCCCCGCAACAUCACCGCAUACUGGACGAAGGAUAAUGAUAAGGAGCUGACCGAGACCACCCACGACAGCAAAUACCAGAUUUUUAAAACCGACAAGUACCUAAAACUGACGAUCAACGAUCCCACGGUUUACGAUACCGGAAUGUACACCGUAAUGGCGACGGCUGGCUCGACUCAUUCUCUUUACAAUAUGCCUGUUUACGUUCACGAGAAACCGAUCGCACAUCUUGAUGAGCCCAAGUUCGUGAAGCCGGGUGAAACAGUUGAUUUCAUGUGCCGUAGCAUUGGCUAUCCGGUACCAGUGAUAUCCUUCAUGUUUAAACCAUGCCUGGAGGAGCCGUGGCGAAACUGUUCCAGGAUGGCUAGCUCGGCAUCGGCUAAAUGGGAUUCCUCGAGCCCGGAUAUCGUUUCGGAGCACACGCCCAGAACGACUGCCCGCAGUGAAAAAGAAACCUCGAUCGCAUCAUCCCGCACCUACAGAAUUAUCGCCAAUCAGCCAGGAAUCGUGUACUGUAAGGCGACCAACACUGAAGGAAGCGAAACCUUACAGACCGAUCUGCUGGUGAGCGGUCUACCCGAGCCGAUCGUUAUGGAGCGGGUACACCCUAAGGAGAUUGUAACCGUCGGCGAUACAGUAACGUACGUUUGCUCGGCGCUUGUCUACAACUACACCAAAGAAAUCAUCUUCACGCACAAUGGAAAGGAACUACACGAACAUGAUGGAGUCGUUGUUACCUACUCAGCCAAAUCGUUCGCCUGGGAAGCUCGGCUGACGAUCGAUAACGUAGCACGUGAACAAUCUGGUGAAAUCUCUUGCUACGUAAAGACCAUCGAUGGGGCGACGGAAAGUAACACCACUUACAUGGACGUGCUAGUUCCGGUGGCUCCGAAGUUAUUGUCGGAGAGCGAGGAGCAGAGUAUGACUGUCGACACAACAUCUAUCAUUGUUUUUGAUUGCGAUGUCAUUGGAACGCCUGAGCCCGAAAUAACAUGGUUUAAGGAUAACAUGCCACUAGAAAUAGAGAAAAAUAACUCACGCAUUCACCUUACCAGAACGGUUCUCACCUACGAAUAUAUGAAACCAGAUGAGCUCGGGUUGUAUGAGUGUAGGGCAGAGAAUAAGGAAGGCAAAAUCAUAAAAUCCUGGAAUGUUGAUGUCCGCACUGCUGUGGUGAAGAAGACCCUUAUCUAUGCCAUCGUUGCGCUGCUGCUACUGCUGAUUAUAGCGAUUGUCCUCAUUUCGUUGUUCUACUGCAAAAAAAAGAAGGAGGUGAAGGCCAUGAAGGCAGCCGGUUUAGCCAAUUUUGAGGAAGGUAAUCUGGGGUGCUACAACCCCGACGUUGCGCUCGACGAACAAGCUGAUCUACUUCCCUACAACUCGGAAUACGAGUUCCCGAGAGACCGGCUCAAGCUCGGAAAGCAGCUCGGAACCGGGGCAUUCGGUGUGGUUAUGAAAGCGACGGCCACCGGUAUCAUGGUGAACGAAGAUGAAACAAUUGUCGCGGUGAAGAUGGUGAAGAAACAAACGGACAACGAGGUAAUGCGAGCAUUGAUUUCGGAACUCAAGAUCAUGGUCCACCUGGGACAGCACCUUAAUGUGGUCAAUCUGCUCGGAGCCGUCACCAAGAACAUUGCCAAACGCGAACUCAUGGUUAUCGUAGAGUACUGUCCAUUUGGUAAUGUUCAAAAUUUCCUACUUAAAAGCCGACCACACUUUAUCGAUCAAAUCAAUCAGGAAACGGGGGAGAUCGAUCCGACGAUCGAGAAGAACGAACUAAGGUGGUCUAAAUGCGGUUACCAAUACAAUAGCCAAGGCUUGAAGUACAUAAAUCUCUCGUUUUCCACAAACAACAUCAACCAUCAUCCUCUUCAACAUCCGACUGCUUUCUAUCAUAAUCACAUCAGCGGGACAACUCAACCUUACGCCGAUCCGAAGAAACAACUCAACUCUAAGGGCUACAUGCGCCACUCAGGAAUGCAGAACAUGGGUAUGAUCGAUAGUUGCAACACUGAAGCCACGGCUCUAACAUCGAUUGAAGUGGAAGAUCUGAACUCGAUCAACUCGAAUGAACCACUUUGGCGUACGAGCUAUCGGAUGGACUUUAAGGGUCCAGUAAGGACAGUCAAUACAACGGACCUGGUUUGCUGGGCCUCACAGAUUGCUGCGGGUAUGGAGUACCUAGCAUCACGCAAGGUACUUCACGGUGAUCUGGCUGCACGUAACAUUCUCUUGUGCGAAGAUAACGUGGUCAAAAUUUGUGACUUUGGAUUGGCACGCUCGAUGUACAAGAGCGAUAACUACAAGAAGAAAGGCGAGGCACCGUUACCAUUCAAGUGGCUAGCCCUCGAGUGCAUCAGCGACAACGUGUUCAGCACAUACUCCGAUGUGUGGGCCUAUGGCAUCGUCCUCUGGGAACUGUUCUCCCUCGGCAAGGUUCCAUAUCCGGGCAUGGAGGCAAACCAGGAGCUCUACAACAAGCUGCGCGAUGGGUACCGAAUGGAUAAACCACAAUUUUCGAACCAAGACAUUUAUGACAUUAUGUUGAACUGCUGGAACGUCAAGCCAGACUCGCGACCAACGUUCCAAGAUCUUAAGAGCCGAUUUAAUGCCAUGCUUCCAGAUGAGAUGCGAGAUCACUACAUGGAACUCAACGAGCCUUAUUUGGCGAUGAAUGCCGAGAAAAUUGAACGAGGCGAGACGGACUAUUUGGCCAAUCUAGGACCACCAGAGGAGUUGGCCCCCUCUGCACCAAACUACGUUAACGGUAUAAUCCUACCUUUGCCUCCCAUCUCCGAAAUACGCAAAGAUAAAGACUAUCUCAAAAUGUCGGGAGCAAAGUCGGACUCAGACGACAGUCAGUUCGAUUUCGCUAACUUCAGCAGCGAACGCCAUUCUCCUACCAUUCGCAACAAUCUCGAUACUAGUCCACCCAAUGGCAGCAAACGACACAAGAAGAAGGGGCUCCCGGAGGAAAUACCAAUGCUGGAUACCAAUCGUCUUUCGGCGGUAGCCAAUGGGUUUUACUCGGAUGGAGAACAGGAAGCCAUCAGCCCCAAACCGAGGGAACGCACUAGCAAACACAACCCCGAACCGGAGUACAUAAACCUCAAGACUAGCAAAGGUCCUGCGAUGCGGGGCGUUGGUAGCAAAGAUGAGCUAUCGAGCGCUAGUCAGGAUGCCAUCAGUAAUCCCGGUUAUAUCGCGUUGAGUACGGUAGACGAGAAGCGAUGCUAGUGGCAGUUACAGUAAUAGUCACCCGAGGCAGACAAGACGCACAGCAUUUCAGGACGUAACAAAUGGAAGAGAACUGGACACUAUUUUUAUAACAAACUUUACAGUUGUGCGUGCUGUGUUAGUGUACUCACUUUCUCUCUGAGUUGUCCAACGAAGAGCUAGAUGACUGCGCAUUGGCCGCAAAACAAUGUACUAUAGAAUUUCAUCUCUUAAUUAUUAUGGAUAAAAUCAAAAUAAACAAACAAAGAUUUGUUUAAUGUAUUUAAGAAAA